CACAGCUCUAUCCACCCAUCUUCUCUGUCACUCUGAAGCUCUGACUGCACUCAGAAGAUCCAUGGACACAGCUCUGCAUUAGGACUCCAGGUUCCAAGUCCCCAUUUCUUUCCAGCUCCCAACCUGGAUGGACCUACCUGAGGACUCCUGGUCCGAUGUCAAGAGAAUCAAUGUGGGGGGCUAUUACUAUCCCGUCAAAGUGAAGGGGACUGACAGCCCCUCUUCCUCACCAUCCCCCGGCUCUCAAGGAAUAGACCUGAGCUCCACCAAACCCAACCACCAACCUGACUCGGAAAGGACCCAACCUGUACAGGAGGGCAGGUCGCCUACCUCUGCCCACCACUUUGGGGUUUCUCACCUUUCCAGUUUGCCAAAUCCGGAAGAUAUUAUUCUUUUUAGGGAUUUAGAUCACAUCAACAAACUGAUCCUGCCCAGCAGAGACUCCAGGUUUGGUGCUUUGCCUGAACCACAAGGGGAUAUGUAUCAAACUUUGGCCAUCACUGCGGCUCAGGGGCCAGUCAGCUACGAUGGCUCUCCUGGAAGUUUCAUGCACUCCGCUGCCAGCUCACCAGUCUACGUGCCCACCACCAGGGUUGGACCCAUGCUUACAAGCAUCUCCUAUCUUCAAGGGAGCGGACCUUCACAGGCCUCCCACUCUGUGAACAGUCACUCAGUGUGGUCCCAACCAACCUCAGAGACCUCCUCAUACAGCAGCAGCAGUCCUCACACCUCCAGCAGAUACCACUACUCUCCCAGUCCUCCCAUGGCCAAUGGAAGCAACAGGGACACUGGCUACAACAAUGCCAUCAAUGUAAAUGGCAGAGAUCAAUACACACCUCUGGCUAGAUCGCUUAAUGGAUCUUACCAUAACCCCUACACAUCUUACAUGACACCACCUCUGACUUCAGCCUGGUCUACUGCACCCUUUGACAACUCCAUGCUUCACAGUCUUCAAGGAAGGCCGGCACCUAUUGCUAUGAGAGGGCAUCCUGGAGAUGUGCUGGACGAGCUGCCGGAGAGCCGGGAGUGUGUGAACUGUGGCUCCGUGCAGACCCCGCUGUGGAGACGGGACGGGACGGGACACUACCUGUGUAAUGCCUGCGGCCUGUACAGCAAGAUGAACGGCCUGAGCCGACCCCUCAUCAAACCGCAGAAAAGAGUGCCUUCGUCAAGGAGAAUCGGCUUGUCUUGUGCCAACUGUCAUACAACAACUACGACAUUAUGGCGCAGGAAUACAGAAGGGGAGCCCGUAUGCAAUGCCUGUGGCCUGUACAUGAAAUUACAUGGGGUUCCACGACCACUCGCAAUGAAGAAAGAAGGAAUCCAAACUAGAAAACGAAAGCCAAAGAAUCUAAACAAGUCAAAAUCCUCUAGCAAUGGUACCGGUAAUCACCAAAUCCCUAUGACUCCGACUUCCACAACAUCAUCCACAAACUCUGAUGACUGUGUAAAGAGUGGAUCUCCCAACAAUCAGAGCGCGGCUUCUGGGGUUGGGACACUGUUGAUAUCUUCUCAGCAAAGUGGGAGCACCAGCCCAGACAAUAAUGCACUAAAGUACACAGGGCAAGAUGGCUUGUACUCGACUGUCAGUAUGGGAUCCUCCUCUGAAGUUGGCGGUUCUGUCAGACAAGAUUCUUGGUGUGCUUUGGCUUUGGCUUGAUAACUGUUGGAUUGAUUUUGGCAUCAGUAAGCCUCCUCCUUAUAUGUGUUGAAGCAAGUCUACAGACUUCUGAUCUUCAUACAUCUCUAAAGAACACUGUCUAAUCCUUAGUGCCUUGGUUUAUCUGGAGAUUUUUGGAGAACAUUGUAGAUCAUCUAUGCAAGAGGAAUAAGACUAACGGAUAUAUAUUUUACAUGAAAAUGUUCUAUGAAGCCAAUGUUGAAUGAACUUCCUAACCUGGAUGGAUGCAGUUAAAUGCUCUUUAGAAGAAGGCCUUUAUACUCCAUAACACAUCGGGAAAUGCUGCCUUGUGAAAAGACACUUGAUCUAAUAUUAUUCUCCAGGCUUCCAGUUGGUGAAUUUCACCAAAAUUGUCUCACCUAUAGUAACUGGCUGAACCCUCAACUUUCAACUAUUGAAGUCAUCUCAAGAAGUUUCGCUGACACUCUUAUCUCUACUCCAUUCAGACCAUGUGACAUUUUGUUUAAUACAAGCCUGGUGAUACAUUGAAGCAUGUUGUGUCAUAAAAAAAUCCCAUUAUGGGUAUGUUCACACGUACACAGAUUUGAUGCACAUGAUUUGAUGCACAGGAUUUUCUGCUGCGGAUUUCAAUGUAAACUAAAUGACUGAGCACAUCUUAUCUGCAGUUACAAAUCCUGCGCAUCGAAUCUGGGCAGGAUCCUGUACGUGUGAACGCACCCUAUAGCAGCAUCACACAUAACAUGACUUACUUGGCACCUUGCUGGCAGAUUGAAAAUAAAUAUGAAUUGAUGUCAUUCUUUUUGUAGACAUACACUGGUUGCCAACCAAGGCUGGCUAUUAGAUUGCCAAAUGUUCUUAAAGAUAAAUAGCUGCAUAUCCUCCUGGUUGUUAGGUUGGUCAUUAUGUACACACAGAUACAACAAAAACAACAAUCACAUAGAAAUGAAUGUGUCGAUGUUGUGUGAUCGGGGACGGUGUUCGAUAAGUUUUCCAUUUUGGAAGAUUUGUUCUUUUUAAUACCUAUAAUAUUUUUCAGAGAGGGAAAUAACCAGCUAAAAAGCUAUUGCAGCAUAAAUUCUACAUUUUCAACAAGAUUAUCAUUCUUUAUGUGAGCCAUCCAAAUUUCAUUUAUGCAUGUAGAGGAACAACAAAGUAAAGACAUGAGAGUAUCACGUAGGUUUAUGGACAUGGAGACUAAGUCAUCAUCAACAUUAUUGUUGACUAAAGAUGAGAAUGGCUUCCAGGAUAGUGGAUGAUAGAAAACAUAAAACACUAAGAAAGGUUUUGGUCACAUAUUUCCUCUUUUAGGGCCUUUACCCAUUUUUGAAUGCAAGGAAAAUGCAAGGAAGAGCAGAUCUGUCUAACUUGAGCAAGAGCCAAUUACAAUAUCCAACAUUUGGGUGGAGGGUUUAUCGUUCUUAGAGGUUUGUGUGACUGGAUUGUUCAGUCUCAGUUGGCAUACAGGGUAGCAAAUGAUAUUUUUUCUUCCAUAAUACAAUAUUUUUGUAAAGAGAAAAGUGCAAUUGUCAUUGCAACAAUCAGUGUUAAAUCAUUUACAUAAGAUUUAACCACUUUUUGUAUGGAAUGUAUACAUUUUAACUUAAUGGUACUUUAAUAAUUUAAUAAUAAUGUUAAGCUGGCAUUUUUAUAACUUUUCCAGGCCUUGACAGGUGCCCCUCCCCCACCCAUAUCCCCCCCCCUCCCCACCAAGAUUUAAAUGAACGUUUUAUGUAUAUUGUUUUUCUAAUUGUAAUUUUCUUUCAAGAACAAAUAUUCUCAGGAAAAUGGUCUUUAUUAUUAAACUUAGAAAAUGCAAAUAACCCCACUACCUAUUUGCUGUUGAAUGUGUGCAAAGUGCAACACAUGUUAAAUUUGAAAAUGUUUAUGUGUUAAAUAUGUACAUAAGGUAAAGAACCACACUUGUGUGACUGGCACAUUGCUAAGUUGGUUUUAUGUUAUUUUUUGCCUUUUUUAUGGGAUGUUGUUGGAAACGUUACCAUACUAGAGCUUUAAAA